UUGGCCUUUGAAAGCAUCGACAGGUUGAUCAAUCACCACUGCUAACCAUGGCCGGAGACGAUUUGAUGAACUUCCCAACCCCGGCGGAAGCCUUUGGCAGAAGCAACGUCCAAGGCCAGCAAAACAACGGUAAUAACAACGUACGAAAGGCACCUCAGCAGCAACAAUACUCACAGCAGAGAGCAGAUCUCCCGCCUUUACACCCAAACCAGUCUACCGCUUCACAUCCGAGACAACAGUCAGGUAUCCGCCCUGUUCGUCAGUAUCCAAAUGCGAGACCUUCCAGCAACAGCUUGAGGGAUCAAUAUGUCCAAAUGGCUCCUCAGCAAAUCCCACCAGCGCCUUCACCGGCUUCGUCUCAAGGGAGGUCGAGUCGUAACACCUCGUACUCAGAUAUGUACGGUGGGCCGAACUACUACAACCAAGGUGGAUAUGGAAGUCCUGGACUGUCGUCCAGUGCAUCAUCUUUUCAAGGGCAACAGCAGCAGCAGCAACAACAACAACAACAACAGCAACAACAACAGCAGCGCCAUCAGCAACAGCAGCUUCCGCACCAACCACAGCCACUGCCACAGCAGAGCGCGUCCCAGAUCCUAGAACGACAGCUAAGAGACAUCUUUGACCGUAUGGACCGUGACCGUGAUGGGGCCUUGACAGAACAAGAGCUCGGCGCGGCUCUGUUGAACAACGAUGGAACGCAGUUCCAACAGAGCACAAUAAGGCUGAUGAUUCGGCUGUUCGAUGCCGACUGUUCGGGCACAAUCCAGUUCAGAGAGUUCUACCACCUGUGGAACUACCUCAUCCAUUGGAGGAAGACGUUCCAGAGAUACGACGUUGAUCAGAACCAAAAAAUCUCGUUUGGUGAGUACCAGAAUGCCCUCGAGAGCUUUGGAUACAGGCUCCCGACCGAUAUCGUACUGUUCAUUUUCCAAAAGUUUGGUGAGUUCAAUGCGAACAAGCCAAUGUACUUGAGAUUCGACAUGUUUGUUGAAAGUCUUGUGUGGCUAUUGCGCUGCACGAACGUGUUCAAGAAGUUCGACACACAAGGCAACGGAAUCGCAACAAUACCGUUCCAGGACUUUGUUCAUGAAGUCAUAUCUCUCAUAUGAGGCAAGCACGCUUGGAGUACGCUAAAGGCACUCUUGAAACCGUGAUUAACAAUCUGUACAUAGUGAACGGGGGACACUGGUUUAUGGCACGCGUUAUUAUAGAAACUACACCAAAUCUACCGCUUGUCGUCUACAUCGAGUCCCUCUGUAGACGUUCUCCCCUUUGGAGCCGUGGCCCUCUGUGACUGUUUACUAUGUAUCGGUGUGCUUUAGACACAAAAAGGGGGCUUGUACAAGGGUCUCCGUGCCACUUUUAACACAAAAGCUAUCUUCAACUGUUUCUCAGUACCUCACCACACACAGAGAGAGAGAGAGAAAAGAUGGUGCAAAUGGCAUUGGGACAAGGUUAUGCUGAUCUAGUCACUGACUCUGUACAAAUGUUGUCGAGACUCGGUGAA